AUGUUCAAGCCUCCUCACUCUAUGUUUUUGGCUGUCCUCUCCUUCUCAGCCUUAAUUAAUGUAGCUUUAGGGGCUACGGAGGCAUGUUUGCCAGCAGGGGAAAAGAAAAGCGGGAUGAAUAUCAACUUUUACCAGUAUUCGUUAAAAGAUUCAUCCACGUACUCUAACCCAUCAUAUAUGGCCUACGGAUACGCUGAUAAAGAUAAAUUAGGUUCCGUUAGUGGGCAGACAAAGUUGUCCAUUGAUUAUUCCAUUCCAUGUAAUGGUGCAUCAAAUACCUGUGCCUGCGAAGAUGACUAUACCGACGGCAGCUCUUCCCAGGUUGCAACCGUGAAACGUGGAGUUAGACUCUGUUCCGAUAAUACAACUCUUUCUUCUGCAGCUGAGAAGCGUGAAGAUGGCGAUUGUGACCAAGGCGCUGCCUACUGGAGUUCAGAUUUGUUUGGUUUCUAUACAACGCCAACAAACGUUACUGUGGAAAUGACAGGUUACUUUUUACCACCAAAGACUGGUACUUACAAGUUUGGUUUCGCUACAGUCGAUGAUUCGGCAAUUCUAUCAGUUGGAGGUAAUGUUGCCUUUGAAUGUUGUAAACAAGAACAGCCUCCCAUCACAUCAACCGACUUCACAAUCAACGGUAUUAAACCUUGGAAUUCAGAUGCUCCUACAAAUAUACAAGGAUCUGUGUAUAUGCACGCUGGUUACUAUUACCCUAUGAAAGUUGUUUACUCGAAUGCUGUAUCUUGGGGUACACUUCCUAUUAGUGUUACAUUGCCCGACGGUACUGAGGUUAAUGAUGAUUUUGAAGGAUACGUUUAUUCCUUCGAUGACAAUAUGACUCAAGCUCAUUGUUCUGUCCCAAAUCCAGAAAGUCAUGCGAAGACCUGUAUAUCGACGACAACAGAAGCAUGGACUGGUUCUUACACAACAACGUCCACUCAAAAGUCUACAGAAACGACCAUCAUUAAGGUUAAAACGCCUAUAAGCACCAGCUCAUACAGUGCUUCAUCUAUCUACAGUACAAUCAAACUUGCCACAUCGUCUGCCGAAUCAACCACGGAAGUCUGUACCGAAUGUACAGAAACCGAGGCCACCAGUUCUCUAGCGUCAUCGUCUGUGCAAUCUAGUACUACCGGGUACACUAGCGCUACCACAUCAUCUGCUGAAUCAACCACGGAAGUCUGUACCGAAUGUACCGAAACCGAGGCUACCAGUUCUCCAGCACUAUCUGCUAGUACUACUGGUUACACUAGCGCCACAUCGUCUGCUGAAUCAACCACGGAAGUCUGUACCGAAUGUACAGAAACCGAGGCCACCAGUUCUCUAGCGUCAUCGUCUGUGCAAUUUAGUACUACCGGGUACACUAGCGCCACCACGUCUGCUGAAUCAACCACGGAAGUCUGUACCGAAUGUACCGAAACCGAGGCUACCACUUCUCCAGCACUAUCUGCUAGUACUACUGGUUACACUAGCGCUACCACAUCAUCUGCUGAAUCAACCACGGAAGUCUGUACCGAAUGUACCGAAACCGAGGCUACCAGUUCUCCAGCACUAUCUGCUAGUACUACUGGUUACACUAGCGCCACCACGUCUGCUGAAUCAACCACGGAAGUCUGUACCGAAUGUACCGAAACCGAGGCUACCAGUUCUCCAGCACUAUCUGCUAGUACUACUGGUUACACUAGCGCCACAUCGUCUGCUGAAUCAACCACGGAAGUCUGUACCGAUUGUACCGAAACCGAGGCCACCAGCUCUCCAGCACUAUCUGCUAGUACUACUGGUUACACUAGCGCUACCACAUCAUCUGCUGAAUCAACCACGGAAGUCUGUACCGAAUGUACAGAAACCGAGGCCACCAGUUCUCUAGCGUCAUCGUCUGUGCAAUCUAGUACUACCGGGUACACUAGCGCCACCACGUCUGCUGAAUCAACCACGGAAGUCUGUACCGAAUGUACCGAAACCGAGGCCACCAGCUCUCCAGCACUAUCUGCUAGUACUACUGGUUACACUAGCGCUACCACAUCAUCUGCUGAAUCAACCACGGAAGUCUGUACCGAAUGUACCGAAACCGAGGCUACCACUUCUCCAGCACUAUCUGCUAGUACUACUGGUUACACUAGCGCUACCACAUCAUCUGCUGAAUCAACCACGGAAGUCUGUACCGAAUGUACCGAAACCGAGGCUACCACUUCUCCAGCACUAUCUGCUAGUACUACUGGUUACACUAGCGCUACCACAUCAUCUGCUGAAUCAACCACGGAAGUCUGUACCGAAUGUACAGAAACCGAGGCCACCAGUUCUCUAGCGUCAUCGUCUGUGCAAUUUAGUACUACCGGGUACACUAGCGCCACCACGUCUGCUGAAUCAACCACGGAAGUCUGUACCGAAUGUACCGAAACCGAGGCCACCAGCUCUCCAGCACUAUCUGCUAGUACUACUGGUUACACUAGCGCUACCACAUCAUCUGCUGAAUCAACCACGGAAGUCUGUACCGAAUGUACAGAAACCGAGGCUACCAGUUCUCCAGCACUAUCUGCUAGUUCAAUCGGUUACUCUAGCCCUACCACGUCAUACGCUGAAUCAAGUUCUAGUAUUUUCAAAACUUUCGCGGACACUACUGAGACCAGUAGCUCUCCUUCUUCAUCUGCCCAUAUUACCGCUAGCGCUUCGACAUCGUCAAGUCAAGCUGAGGGCACACAUUACACAUCAUCUGUACACAGCGUUACCCCUAUUUACCCUCGUAAUGAAACCGUGAUCACUAGUUCUGUUCCAUCGACACCGAUUACUUCAACAUCAUCUGGCUCAUCCGAACAAUCUACAAUUUCACUCAAUUCCGCUGCGACUGGAUCUAGAUCAUCUACUAUCGAUGCGAAGUUCGCUACCGUUUCUAAAUCAUCAAUUGAUUCGGCCGCUAGCGCUUCUACACAUUCCGCUGCGACUGGAUCUAGAUCAUCUACUAUUGAUGCGAAGGUCGGUACUGUUUCUAAAUCAUCAAUUGAAUCGGCCACUAGCGCUUCCACACAUUCCGCUGCGACUGGAUCUAGAUCAUCUACUAUUGAUGCGAAGGUCGGUACUGUUUCUAAAUCAUCAAUUGAAUCGGCCACUACCGCUUCCACAUUAUUUGCUGAUACAUCCUCUAGCGUUGCAACACCGACUGCUCAUUCGAUAUCAAGUAGUCCCGUAUCUUCUAGUCAACCAAAUGUCUUUAGCUCUUCCGGCACUAGCUUUAAAGGCCAAGAAACAACAACCUCCUCAUUGACCAAUUCCGGUCUAUCCGAACUCUCUAAAUCCCAUAGAUCAUCUCUUACUCCAUCCAGUAGUUCAGCCCUCAAAUACUCUAGUAAAAUAGAAUCCACUAGUUCCUUCGCCUUCAAGACUCAUGAAACUACUGCUGCUUCCACUUCCACUUCAGUAUCCGCUGAAUCCGCCUCCACGCCAUCUGCCUCAUCUCCUAUAACCUCUACUACUGCUCGUUCCACUGAGUUCAAUAGCGAAAAUUCCAGCUUUACCACAGAAGUCAGCUCAUUUAGCAAUGAUACCAGAGUUAUGACCUCAGCUGUUUCAUCUUCUAAAGCACAAGAAGUUAUCAGCCGUAAAAUAUCUUCCGGAUCUUAUCGCGACCGUACUACCGUCCAAGGAAUGACUUCAGUUAUCACUACAACAGGUGAACAAACCACUUUGGUUACCGUAACUUCCUGCAAAUCUCAUAUCUGUACCGAAACUGCUUCUCCUGCAGUUAUUUCUACAGUUACAACUACCCUUGGUGGUGUCACUACACAAUAUACCACAUGGUGUCCUAUUUCUACCACAGAAUCAAAGGAUCAAACCACAUUAGUUACUGUAACUUCCUGCGAAUCUGGUAUUUGUUCCGAGACCGCUUCUCCUGCCGUUGUUUCUACAGCCACGACGACUAUUAAUGGAGUUGUCACAGACUAUACCACAUGGUGUCCUCUUUCUACCACAGAACCAACGAAGAAAACCACGCUGGUCACAGUUACUUCUUGUGAGUCUGGUAUUUGUUCCGAGACUGCUUCUCCUGCCAUUAUUUCUACCGCCACAACCACCAUCAAUGAUGUCGUUACUGUUUACUCAACAUGGGCUCCACAAGGUUCAAGUGAAGCAGCUGCAAGUACCAAUAUUUCAAAUAACGUUAAUGCCGCCUCUACAUUCACAGAUGCCUCUAACACAAAAACGGCAAGCAGCGCUAACAGCGCAUCUUCGCUUUCAGGAUUCGAUUAUCAUACCCAAGCACAUGCAACUACUACCGCGGCCAAUACAAUUGACUACAGCGACACUGUCUCCCCAGUAUCAGAAACUGCCAACACCAGAAAUCCUACUGCUUCAAAGUUAAGCAUUGUAUCUCAACAACCUCACAGCGCUUCCCCAAGCGGUGUACUAGUAUCCAGUACCGCCUCUUUAGAAAUGUCAACCUACGCUGGUGUUGCCAAUGGUCUACUAGCCAAUAGCGCUCUUAGUAUCUUCAUUGCUUCCGGAUUGCUAGCGAUCCUUUGA